AUGUCGACAAACGCUCGGAAAACUCCUGAAAGGCCAUGCGAUACCUCGUCAACUCUCUUGCAUACGGAUCCCGAUGGCGGCUCCGCCGACUCCGUGUUGACCGUUGAUCCAAGGAAAAGCAGGAUUGGGAUACGCUCCUUGGUGAUUGUUUUAGGCCUGUUACAGGAGCCGAGAUGGUUGAUUCAGAUAUUGAUGCUUCUGUUCUUCACGAUCCUGGGUUUGCGGGACAUCCAUGCGCUCUACGCAACAAUCUUUCCGUUCACCAUUUACAUCUGCAAAUGUAUGACACAGUCACCUUCGAUACCCGAUAUAGCCUAUAUCGAGAUUCUGUUGUUGUUCAAUGAAGGGGUUGUCCGUGCUGGCGACUACGGACUUGAUAUGUCUAACCUCCAUGUCGAUCCCUUCCUCAACAUCGACAUUGAUCCACCUUAUCUUGGUCAUCUUCAUGUUACCAUCCUUUCGCUAGUACAAUCCGCAACAAAACCGGCACUGCUCACAAGCGAGUUGGGCAUCAUCGCAACUGGUAUAACAUUGCUUCUUGCCACAGCUUUGUCAAAUGAAGCUCUUGAGCCCUAUGAAGUGUUCCUCCCAGUACUCAGUAUCGGUCUCAUCAUUGCAACCAUUCCCGCAUUGCCAUUCGUCUACUCCGCUAUGCGCAUCACACGGACACCUCCACAACAUCGCACGAUGAGAUUGAUCGAACAACGGUUGAUAUACGCCUGCGCUGCCUACGCCACUAUUGCUGUUAUGGUUGUAGGUGUAAUACGACCGUGGGUGAAACGAAGGCUUCCGGGAGAGGAUGAGCCAUUUAUCUGGAUCUUGAGAUAUAUGUUCCAGGAUCAUGGGUGGGAUGUGAGACUUGGUAUGGCUACCUGGUGGGCAGUUUGUGUGGGAAUGGGCAUUGUGGUCGUUGUCAGGUUGUGGUCUUCACAGACUGGAAUGCACCCAGUCAAGCUACGAAAUGAGGAGGAGGAGAAGGAGUUCAGCGCUGCGCUGAACCGCCGGCGAAAGUUCUUUCAUGGCUUGGUUGUGGUGAUGUUCAUUCCAACCAUCAGUCGUGAUCCAGAGUUUGCACACCUUGCCUUUUCCUUCGCAUUGUGCCUGUUCAUUCUCACCGAGAUCAUUCGUGCAUGCGCUUUGCCGCCAUUUGGGGCAGGGUUGCAUGCUUUCUUAAGCAACUUCACAGAUGAUCGUGACCGUCGGGGGGGCAUUGUUGUCAGCCACCUUUUCCUUCUGACAGGUUGUGCACUGCCGUUAUGGCUUACAAUGGCAAACAACUAUAUUCCGCAGGUAGGGAUUGCGGAGCUUGGUGGGGUGCUUUGCUUGGGGCUUGGAGAUGCGAUGGCUUCCAUUGUGGGAAAGGAGUAUGGUAGAGUGCAUUGGUUCGGACGAAAGAAGACAGUCGAGGGCACUGUUGCCUUUGUCCUUGCUGUCCUGUCCGGUGCUUAUGUAGCCUAUUGUAUGGAAUGGCUCAGUCCGCUUGUUGAGGUGAAUUGGGGCAGUCUUACACUUGCAACAGUAUCAGCUGCGUUGCUCGAGGCCUUUUCGUGGCAGAAUGAUAAUCUAGUGAUACCCCUAUAUAUGUGGACAAUGCUACAUGCGUUGGGUGCCACAGGGCAUGCGUAG